GCCCCACGGCCAUAGGGCUCCUUUGAUUGGGCGAGGCUGACGCUCGGCUGGUCAAUGGCGAGGCGGCAGGCGGGCUCCCGGAAGUGGAGGCGCAACCUGGGACAACUUGAGAUUCAGGGGCUGUUGGCGCGGGGUCGGGUCGGCGGGCAUCGGCCGGCACUAUGAGUUCCUUCGGGGGACAGAUGACCGAGUAUCCAACCAUCUCCAUAGACCGCUUCGACAGGGAGAACCUGAGGGCUCGUGCUUACUUCUUGUCCCACUGCCACAAGGAUCACAUGAAAGGAUUAAGAGCCCCUAACUUGAAAAGAAGAUUGGAGUGCAGAUGAGGUAACUAAUGAACCAGAGAGAUUAAAUUAGUUGCCCAAGGUCACACAGCCAGUAAAUGGCAGAACCAGGAUUUCAGCCAGCUUGAAGGUUUUCUUAUACUGUUCUCCUGUUACUAAGGAAUUGUUGUUAACCAGCCCAAAAUACAGAUUUUGGGAGAAACGAAUUAUAUCAAUUGAAGUUGAAACUCCUACCCAGAUACCUUUAAUUGAUGAAGCAUCAGGCGAGAAGGAAGAGAUUGUUGUGACUCUGUUACCAGCUGGUCAUUGCCCAGGAUCAGUUAUGUUUUUGUUUCAGGGCAACAAAGGAAAUGUCUUAUACACAGGAGACUUCAGACUGGCAAAAGGAGAAGCUGCCAGAAUGGAGCUUCUGCAUUCUGGGGGCAGAGUAAUAGAUAUCCAAAGUGUGUAUUUAGAUACUACUUUCUGUGAUCCAAAAUUUUAUCAAAUUCCAAGUCGGGAGGAGUGUUUAAAUGGAAUCUUGGAGCUGAUUGGAAGCUGGAUCACUAGAAGUCCUUACCAUGUUGUGUGGCUGAACUGCAAAGCAGCUUAUGGAUAUGAGUAUUUAUUCACCAACCUUAGUGAACAAUUUGGAGUCCAGGUUCAUGUGGAUAAACUAGACAUGUUUAGAAACAUGCCUGACAUUCUCCAUCAUCUCACAACAGAUCGCAGCACUCAGAUCCAUGCCUGUCGCCACCCAAAGGCAGAGGAAUAUUUUCAGUGGAACAAAUUACCCUGUGGAGUUACUUCCAAAGACAGAAUUCCACUCCACACAAUAAGCAUUAAGCCAUCUACUAUGUGGUUUGGAGAAAGAACCAGAAAAACUAAUGUAAUUGUGAGGACUGGAGAGAGUUCCUACAGAGCUUGUUUUUCUUUUCACUCCUCCUACAGUGAGAUUAAAGAUUUCUUGAGCUACAUCUGCCCUGUGAAUGCAUAUCCAAAUGUCAUUCCAGUAGGUUUAACUCUGGAUAAAGUUUCAGAAAUCUUAAAGCCUUUAUGCCGAUCCUUUCAAAGCACUGAACCAAAGUAUAAACCACUUGGAAAAUUGAAGAGAGCUAGAACAACCCACCUAGACACAGAGGAAGAAGAUGAUGAUCUCUUUGAUGACCUUCCACCAGUACCUUUAAGGCACAAGGUUCCAAACCAGGAAAUUCUUCAACCCGAAGUCUUCUCAGUGACUACAAUAUCACAAAAUCAGCCUGAAAAACCACGACAAAGCGCAGGAUGCUUCGAAGAAGACAGUAUACAAACCUCUCUUUUGGCAAACUUUGUAGAUUGUCAAGAAUCCAACAGUGAAGGUGAAGAAGAAUUAGACAUCCCAGCUUCGCAAGGAGGAAUGGAUCCUCUAACACUUCAGCAGCAUAAGUCUGAUGUGGAUGUACCACAGUGGGAAGUAUUCUUUAAAAAAAAUGAUGAAGUCACAGAUGAUGGUUUGGAAAACUUCCCUUCUUCCACAGAGGCAGGGGCAUCUCAGUCACCAAAGCUUUUCAGUGACUCUGAUGGGGAAUCAACCCACAUCUCUUCCCAGAAUUCUUCUCAGUCUACACACAUAUCAGAACAAGGAAGUCAAGGCUGGGACAGCCAAUCUGACACAGUUUUGUUAUCUUCCCAAGAGAGAAACUGCAGUGAUAUUACUUUCUUAAACAAAGGUAGCUAUAGACCAAGAAUUAAAGAGAAUAUUAUUGCCUCCCCACUGGAACAGGAUGCACUUUGUCCAAAGAAUACUCACUCUGAUUUGAAAAACAGAGAUCAAGAUGUAAAUAGAGUUGGUACUGGAGAACCAACUGCAGUAAGUAGUGGGAAACACAUACCUGAGGAAAAAUGGUUGCUAAGUCCUAGCACAAAGGCAGAUUCUCAGAGUUCCUCUGAUUUUGAAGUUCCCUCAACCCCAGAUGCUGAGCUACCUAAGCAAGAACAUUUACAUUAUUUAUAUGAGAAGCUGGCAACAGGUGAGAGUGUAAUAGUUGGAAGAAAGAAAAAAGCUCACUCUUAGAUAUUUAAGAAUUAGAAUUACUUCAUUCUAGAGGAACUACUAAAAAACCUAUACAGAGAGGUAAUAGUCAAAAAUACAAGGGAUAAAUUGAGAUAGGGCAGUUUAAAAUGUCACAUAACCU